CUCCACAUUCUGUCAAACAUACAUUUUUUUGCUAAACUAUUUUGAGAAGAGUUAUUAAAAGCAAAAAAGAAAAAUAUCAACUAAUUAGAGUAAACAAUAAUCAUAGUAAACAACUCAAUGCACAUUAUAAAACAUCUAUAUUGUGUAUCCUCGUAUUUACUGCUUGCGCGUCCAUUUAUUACCAUUGGAACAAAGUCUUCUUUGGUGGUUGCCGGUGAAACAAUAAAUUCUUGCACAAGUAAACAUAAUUUUGCAUCAAAUUGUCCAAAAGAGAUGACUUCGUCACCUGCAGCUGAAACUUAUACCUCCGGUACCAGUUCUGUAGCGUUUGUCACUACGCCAGAUGAAAAUACAGCAAAGAAAUUAGCGCGAGGCUUAGUAGAAAAACAAUUGGCAGCCUGCGUCAAUAUUAUACCCAAUAUACAGUCGGUUUAUAUGUGGGAAGGAAAAGUCAAUGAAGAUAGUGAAUAUUUAAUGAUGAUUAAGACACGUACUAGCCGCUUGGAUGAGCUUAUAAAAUGGGUGCGUGAGAAUCAUUCAUACAGUGUGGCUGAGGUUAUAACAUUGCCUAUUGAGAAAGGCAACGUACCAUAUUUGAGUUGGAUUGCACAAACAGUGCCGGAUAAGAAGCAAGAAUGAUGGAUGUGGAUUUGGAUAUCUAAAUGCAGAUUUAUACUGGAGAGAUUGAUAGAUAAAGAUUGAUAUUAUUUAUAAAGUUUUAAACUUUUUUCAUUUUAAAAAUUAGUCAAAAUGAUUUUGUAUUCGUUAUUUUGGUUUUGAAUUAAAUGGACUGCGAUUGUUG